CGCCGAUGGGCCGGCCCGGCUCUCCCUGCCGAGAAAUGGGCCGGUCCGGUGGCGCGCGGGCAGCGGCGGCGGUGGCGGCCCAAGAUGGCGGAGCUGCAGCUGGACCCGGCGAUGGCAGGGCUGGGAGGGGGUGGCGGGAGCGGGGCGGGCGACGGCGGCGGCCCGGGCCGUGGGCCCCCCAGUCCUCGGCCGGCUGGCCCCACGCCCCGCGGACACGCCCGCCUGCCCGCCGCCGUCGCGCAACCGCUGGACCCAGGUCCUGGACCGCCCGAGCGGGCAGGGGGCGGCGGCGCGGCCCGCUGGGUCCGGCUGAACGUGGGCGGCACCUACUUCGUGACCACCAGGCAGACUCUAGGCCGGGAGCCCAAGUCUUUCCUCUGCCGCCUCUGCUGCCAGGAGGACCCGGAGCUGGACUCGGACAAGGAUGAAACAGGAGCCUAUCUGAUUGACAGAGACCCCACUUACUUUGGUCCUAUCCUAAACUACCUCCGCCAUGGGAAACUCAUCAUUACCAAGGAGUUGGCAGAAGAAGGUGUGCUGGAGGAAGCAGAGUUUUACAACAUUGCCUCUCUUGUGCGGCUGGUUAAGGAAAGGAUACGAGACAACGAGAACAGAACUUCACAAGGCCCCGUGAAGCAUGUGUACAGGGUCCUGCAGUGCCAAGAGGAAGAGCUCACACAGAUGGUCUCCACCAUGUCUGACGGCUGGAAAUUUGAACAGCUGAUCAGCAUUGGAUCUUCCUAUAACUAUGGAAAUGAGGACCAGGCAGAAUUCCUCUGUGUUGUCUCCAGAGAACUAAAUAAUUCUACCAAUGGCAUCGUCAUAGAGCCAAGUGAAAAGGCGAAGAUUCUUCAGGAGAGAGGAUCUCGGAUGUAAGCUGAGAAUCCAAAAUUUCAGAAUCCGGAAAGGCAAGAGGGCAAUUCAGCAAAACAGCUCCAUGCAGUUAAGUCUACACCUGUAUGAUAACCGAGCUACUGCAAAGCAAAGCUGAGCCUGCCCCAGUGAAGAAGUGUCCUGGUUAAAACCAAAGGAACCCCGCCCACCCUUGGGACUCCAGACAGACGCACCUCUGGCUGCAGAUCCCCUUUUCAGAACCUGCUUUUGUUCUUAUAGCCAGUGUUGUGACAGAUCUUUACAACAGCAGCAUGCUGGGUCUCCAAAUGGAGCCUUUGGGGAUCUGGGGGAAGGAAGAAGGAGGAAGGCCUAGGUCCUUGGAAACAGCCUAGCCAUCAGGGAAGCUGGAGCAGACAAAGGAGGACUGUCCCAAGCCGUGCCCUGGUCUCACCUGCGUGUGCCACUCUUUCCCCCUGCUGGGCACCCUCCAAGAUUUGUAGCAGAUGCAGAGGGUUCUAGCUUCAGUGUGUCAAAUUGAGGUUCUGACACAGGAUGGAAUCACCAGAGGACCCACAUUCUCGUGAGCAGAGCCUCUCAGGCAGGAGACGCUGGGGUGUCCUCUGCCUUGGGAGGGUGGCGGUUCCUGCUUUCCCACAAGUGGCUUUGUCUGAUUAGUCUCCAGCAGCUGGGCUCAGUGUGACCAGCCUCUCCUCAGGAAGAGGUUUGAGGCAGGUGGCAUCCUGCACCAAGUCAGGGGAGUGCCAGUGGUUGGUAUGGCUGCUUCUGCAGCCUCCUCUUAGACCCAUUGACCCCAUCUUCCCUGGCUUUUUAAUCUGGACCAAAGAUAAAGGACUUUGAGGAUCCUUUGAUGGCUUGGGGUGGGGAAGACUAUCUGUUUUGAAGUUGCCAAAUGUGUCAUGUCGUACCUAAAAGUGUUGUUUCUGUGAUUUGUGUCUUGAAAAUGCCCUGACCAAACAUGUGAUAUUUUGUCUCUC